AUGAGGGUAGAGGAGCUUUUGAAUGGAGGAUGGAUGAAAUGGAAGCUGGAUAAACUUUGUAAGAAAGAGAAAAGUGGUGAUGACGAUGGUCGUGGUGGUGGUGGUGGUGGUGGUGGUGGUCGUUGUGUAAUAUGUGUUUUGUGGCGGGAGGUUGAGGUUGAGAUGAGACCAAAAUCGCUAAACACCAUAAAAUCCAAAAAAGAGGAAGGGGGUAAUACUAGAAUAAACAUGGCACCUAUCAUGCAUGCAUCUUGCAAUCUCGCAAGUGACAGACCAGAUCCAGAAUACAGUAUAAGGAGAGGGAGGGAGAAAUCGGGGAAAGGACUUGGGGGGGUGGUGUUGCUUAAGGUGGAGAAAAGCUCCCGCAAAACGAUCUUAGAAAACUGA